GGGUUUUCUCUCUCGGGUCUCUGCCUCCCAAGCUCGCCGCUCUCUCUCUCUCUCUCUCUCUCUCUCUUUCUCUAGCGCGUUACCUCACCGACCAAAACGAGAGAGCCAGCUCUCUCUCUCACGUCGCCUCUCUCUGCGCUCGGAGGGGCGUCGAUCCGAAGGUGUUUUAUUUCCUAUUACAAGAGUUUUGGUUCAGCUGUGUAUGUACAGUAUGCAAAUUUCGAGGUUCCUCAAAGUUGAUUAAUUGUUCGAAAAAAUGGCAGAGAUGAUUUCAAGUUUCUGGGGACCUGUCACAUCCACGAUCGAAUUGUGCGAACAGAACUAUGCUUAUUCAUCAUAUGUUGCAGAAUUUUACAACACUAUAUCCAAUGUUCUUUGCAUUCUGUUGGCACUUAUUGGCCUCAUAAAUGCCGUAAGGCAAAGGUUUGAGAAAAGAUUCAGUGUUCUUCACAUAUCGAACAUGAUACUCUCCAUUGGGAGCAUGGUAUUCCAUGCUACCUUGCAAAAUGUAUUACAACAGAGUGAUGAAACACCAAUGGUAUGGGAGAUGCUGCUCUAUUUGUAUGUCCUUUACUCCCCAGACUGGCAUUAUAGAAGCACAAUGCCCACUUUUCUCUUCUUCUACGGUGCUGCAUUUGCUGUUGUCCAUUCAUUUGUGCGCUUUGGUAUCGGCUUUAAAGUACAUUACGUUGGACUCUGCCUUCUGUGCGUCCCUCGGAUGUACAAAUACUACAUACAUACAAAGGAGGCAGCAGCCCGGAGACUCGCUCAACUCUACGUCGCGACUAUCUGUCUCGGGAGUCUCUGUUGGUUGUUUGAUCGUAUUUUCUGCAAGGAAUUAUCAAACUGGUAUGUGAACCCACAGGGUCAUGCUUGGUGGCAUGUGCUUAUGGGAUUCAAUUCGUACUUUGCGAACACAUUCUUGAUGUUCUGUCGUGCACAGCAGCUGGGCUGGGAACCCAGAGUCGUCCACUUUUUUGGAUUCUUCCCGUAUGUGAAGAUCCAGAAACCCAAAAAGCAGUGACGAUAUCUUGUUUUCUUUUCUUUUUCUUUUUCUAUUUUUCUGUUGGUUGGACUACUCUGUUUUGAAUUGGGAAGAAAAUGUGUUUUUUUGGCAAGCGAGUAAACAACUCUGUACAUAGACAGUGAUGACUUGGGAGCAUUGAUGAUUGAUUUAUUAUGUGUUGUUACUUCUCUA